GGUGGUGGUGUUGGUGGUGUAAGGUGGUGGUGGUGUAAGGUGGUGGUGGUGGUGUUGGUGGUGGUGGUGUAAGGUGGUGGUGUAAGGUGAUGGCACUCCGCCGUGCGCUCCACUUCGUGUUCAAAGUGGGAGAUCGAGCAGCAACACUCUCCUUCUACCGACAAGUGCUGGGCAUGCAGGUUUUGAGACACGAGGAGUUUAAGGAAGGAUGCAAGGCCACAUGCAAUGGGCCCUAUGAUGGCACGUGGAGCAAGACCAUGAUCGGCUACGGCCCCGAGGACGAUCACUUUGUUGUGGAGCUCACCUACAACUACGGGAUUGGCACGUACCGGCUCGGCAACGACUUCUUGGGAAUGACCAUCCAGUCCAGCAAGGCGGUGAAGAACGCAAGGCAGCGUGGCUGGCCGAUGAAGGAGUGCGACGAUGGCACGUUCGAGACGGAGGCUCCGGGAGGAUACAAGUUCUUCUUGAUUGACCAGGAUGAGCCCAAUACUGAUCCUGUUCAGAAAGUGUCUUUGGGUGUCUCGGAUUUACAAAGAUCUCUUCACUAUUGGGAGGCGUUGUGUGGCAUGAAAUUGUACAAAAAAGAAGAGGGCAAAGCUUUGUUGGGUUUUGCCGACUCCCAGUGUAAGCUGGAGCUGCAGGCCAUUGGGGGCCCAGUGGACCACGCCACAGCAUUUGGGAGGGUCGCCUUCUCGUGCCCCAGAGAGCAGCUGCCGGACAUUCAGAGCCUAAUGCAGGGGGAGAAUCAGAAGGUGAUCACGCCACUCGUGAGCCUAGACACUCCGGGCAAGGCCACAGUGGAGGUGGUCAUCGUUGCCGAUCCGGAUGACCAUGAGAUCUGCUUUGUGGGAGACGAAGCAUUCCGUGAGCUCUCCAAGCCAGACCCCAGCGGAGAUUCACUCCUCAACCAGGCCAUUGCGGAAGACAAGAGCGGUGAGUGGUACGCCAAGCACAAAAGGCAGAAGCCCACAGCGUGAAGCUAAUUAUGUGCUUUCCAAAACAACCUUGAGCCUAUGGCUAAAAUGAAUGCUGGCAUUGUGCAUGCUGCUUACAAUAAUAACCGCCCAGAGCAAUAUGGCAUUUGGAGCUAUGACAAUUGUAAUAAAACGCAACAGGGAGCUGCUUAACAUUAUUCGGAGGAAUAUCACUGCGUUGACGGCCACAUUUGCUACAUAGAGCAAUGUAAGUUAUUGUCGCGUUCCCUUGAAUGUCAUUACGUCGUUCGUACGCUUACAUUUUUUUUACCUUUUUGGUAUUGUUAGUUUAUUUCACCACCCAGUCUUUAAUUGUCGUACUGCUCUUGAUGGCAUAGCAGCGUGUUUUAAAUCAUAAUUUGGCUAAAUGGUGCAGUGAGGUGUGGUGGCUUUGGGUUUACUGGGAGGGUAUACUUGUUCUGUUACUUGCACUUAUAAAUGGGCUCUCGCCAGACAUCUUCACUUAAUAUUACUUAAAUAAGUAUGGUGAAAAAAGGGUCGAAAUCCUGCAGAGUACAACACGCAAAUCGUGAUCAACACAAAGGGCCGAACGAGCACACUUGCUGCGACAUGAAGAGCGUGGGAAACCAGUGGUGUGUGAACAGCGUUCUGCGCAAACCAACCUGGAGCAGCGUGAAACGUUCACGAGGACAAACGACAGACCGUGCAUUGUUCAGCAAAACUUUCCCCAUUUUUUUUAAAAUAGACAUUCAAAAUUCUAGCAAUGCGAAUAUAAUUGCUUAUAUCGAAUUUGUUCUGUAAUUGACAAGUUACGUUUUUUGGAAAUUCCAUAUUUUGAGUUGCCGUUUAACGAUGGAUAGCUGUAUAGUCAUUAUAUAUUACUACCCCUAUAGAUUCAUCGGCCAUGUAAACAAAUAUUGUGUUGCUGGGCACUCGGGCUAAGCUAAAACUAAUUAUGCAGGAAUAUGCCGCGAGAAAAUCGCAUACCUCGUGUCCACGAACGGCCAAUGCGAGUCAACCUGAGCACUAGAGAUGGUCUGACUUGGUGUUUGAUGUACUGCAUUUGUCAUGGCGAGUUGAUGGAUAACUCAAGUUGGUGAAUUAAAAAAAAGUGUCAUUUCCA